GUAAAUUCAUGGGGUCUGGUCCGUCUGGAUAACAAUGGUUCUGGAUAGAUAGGGCACAGCCAUUUUCAUUUUCACUUGAAAAUUAAACAUAGGAAGCUGUCAAAGCUGAUUGAUGUACGCAAAUGGCUUCUUCUAUCACCUCUUCUUUCCAAACCAGCAAUUUGAGGUCUGUUUUCUUGGGUGAAAGAAAUGUGUUGUGUCUUUCUAGUGUUCCUGUAACUCGUGUUGGGUUUUUGAGGAAGACUAUAGAAUGUAAAGAUUCAAGAAUAGGAAAACAACCUAUUGAAGUGCCGUCUAAUGUGACAAUCACAUUAGAAGGUCAAGAUCUUAAAGUAAAGGGUCCUCUGGGAGAAUUAUCAAUUGCUUACCCACGUGAAGUGAAGGUUGAGAGGGAUGAGUCAGGGAUAUUAAAGGUAAAAAAGGCUGUGGAAACAAGAAGAGCUAACCAAAUGCACGGGCUUUUCAGGACACUAACCGACAACAUGGUGGUUGGAGUAUCUAAAGGCUUUGAGAAGAAACUUCAAAUGGUUGGUGUGGGAUAUCGUGCAAUGGUAGAAGGAAGAGACUUGGUACUGAGUCUUGGGUUUUCUCAUCCAGUUAGGAUGACAAUCCCUGAGGGCUUAAAAGUGCAGGUGGAAGAGAAUACCCGAAUUACUGUAAGUGGAUAUGAUAAAAGUCAGGUGGGUCAGUUUGCUGCUUCUAUUAGGAAAUGGAGACCCCCAGAACCAUACAAGGGCAAGGGUGUGAAGUAUGCCGAUGAAGUUAUUAGAAGGAAGGAAGGAAAGGCUGGGAAGAAGAAAUAAUGUUUUUUUUUUUCCUUUCAUUUUUGUUGAAAAAUAUGCUUAGGCCGUGUAGAAUGUACUCAAUGCAAUUAAAGCAAUACCUUGCAGUGUAUGCAGUUGAAUUCAUUUAAUUUGAAUAUUGGUGUUAUUGUAUUAUUAUGAAUGAUAUUAGAAAGGCCCAAGGUUUAGGCAUUUCAGGUAAAA